AUGAAAAAUAUUAAUAAAACCUUCUUCUUAAUUAUUUAGUAAUUGUUCAAUCGAAUUUUCUUUAUUGUAAUUUAUGUAAUCCUAUUCGGCAAGAAAAAUAUAAUUUCAAGUUAUAAAAAAUUAAUAAUUGUAUUAAAAUAUUAUAAAUGGAUACUCCUUAAGAUUAUUCAAUCUUUAAAAGUAAUUAUUAUUUCAAUUUUAUAAGUUGUUUUAACAGGAGAUACAAAAGUUGGAAAAACUAAUAUACUUUAUAAGUAAUUUACAUAUAAUAUACUUAGAUUCACAAAAAAUAGUUUGCCCAAACAAUCAAUACCAACAAUAGGAGUUGAAUUCUGCACAAAAUUUAUAACAAGUUCAGAUAAUUAAUAAGUUAAACUCUAGAUUUGGGAUACGGCAGGUUAAGAUCGAUAUAAAUCAAUAAUUAUAAGGUAAAAUUAGAUGUUAUUUUAGUCAUUUUCGAAGAUCAUCUGGAGCUAUUAUAGUCUAUGAUAUCACUUAAGAAAAAACAUUUUAAAGUGUUAUUAAUUGGUUAAAAGAUAUAAGAGACUAGACAGAUAAAGAUGUAGUAAUUAUGCUGGUUGGUAAUAAAAAAGACAUAGUUGACUAAAAGGAAGAUGAAAGGUUUUUUCUUAUAAAUAUAAUAAAUAUUAGAAAGAUAUCUUAUGGAUAUGCUUCUGAUUUUGCUCAGCAAAAUGGUUUAUUAUUCGAAGAAAUAAGUGCAUAUACUGGUGAAAAUAUUGAAAAAAUUUUCAAUAUAUUAGCUUAAGGUAUUUUACUAUAUUUAUAGUAAGCAAUUAUAAAAAGAAAAAUACCUGAGUAAUAAUAAAAAUUAGACUGUGCAAAGGAAAAGUAGCAGAUUGAAUGAAUAUUAUAAGAAUAAUGGAGAU